GUACUACAACAUCGAAAUACACUACAACUUCAAGAGGAUUUACUGCCACUGGAAAUAGCUAGUUAAACUAACCUAGCUAAACAUCAGAUGGAGAGCAGGCUUCUCGUAGCAUAUUCUUGAUCAUCUUCGUGUCUUCAUAUUUUCUCCUUAUAGUUUUCGGCUUUGGGCGAUAGCUAUUCUGCUUCGCACUUCGUCUUCAUCAUCUGCUUCGCACUUCGUCUUCGCAUAAAAUAUGAAAUUCACGUAGCGUUAGGGUUAGCUGCAUUCAGACUCAAAAAUCCGAAAGACCUUUUUCAAUUUCAUAGAAAAAAAGAUGAUGCUAAAAGAGUGUGCUUUCGUAGGCAUUGGUGCGCCUUCGUUCCAGGAGGAUAGACCACAAUCCGCCGAGAAUGGAUACGAUAUUGUUCGUUGUGGCAGGGUGUUUGACGAACAGAUUGGUGGAAGUGCAGCAUCUUCCUUGACUGGUAGUUCCUCUACGGGUGACGGUCGAAGCAAAACCAGCUCGUGGUCCAGGAAGCGAGGGAUUACAACAACCGGUAGUACCACGUGGUGGCUCUGUGCUUACGACCGAGUUUUCGUGGACAUCUUCCGGGAAAGCACGAACGUGAAGAAAGCGCUCCGCAUAGGCGAUCCUCAUGUUGCUCUAGUGACAGCUUUAGAGUUUCUACCAACUUCUGGAGUUGGAGCUGGAGUAGUUGAAGUUGAACAGUCAUCAGAACAGUCAUUAUGGACACCAGAACGAGGAACAAAAACCUCUCCAUGCUGUACAGCGAGUUUUGCAGUUGGAUUUUCUCAUGGAGGGGUGUCCAUUUUUAGCAUAGUACAUCAUCCGAAAAAAUCCGAAGAUGUGUAUGAUGUAAUGUGUGCCAUGACAUUCUGCUUGAAACCAGGCAUCGUCGUGUCUCACAUUGCUUACACCUUCGGUGGGCAUACAGAAGAUCACCGGGAAGACGAAAAGAACUCAUUGUUGUGUUACGGCAGUUUUGCUAUUAGGCGAGGUUACUUAAGUGCUCUAGUUUCGCAUGCGCAUACUACAGUAUCUAUAUGGUAUUUAUUAUCCAGCCCGAGUAACGACUAUCCACGCGGUAUCUCGACCCCAGGAAAAAAGAUUGAAUCCAUAGGACGGAAAGUUUCUUAUGCAGGACUUUGCCUUGUAAACUCUAAUCUUUGAUCCUGCACAACCAUCACGACACCGAAAAGCUAGGCGCGAAUCCACCACUGUCACCGCCCCGGAUACCGAUUGCAACGACUAUUUCGAAAGGAGAAGUCGGGUCUGAUGGUCUCGAGCAGCUAGCUGUCCCACCGCCUCCGCCUCCGCCACCACCUUUAUGAUGCAGGUCAUUCUCCUCAUCAAUCAACGUUCUAAUCAUUCAUCUACUACAGAAAAGUCAGCUUCACUACUAGUUCGUUGUAGGGACUACUCCACCAACUACUAGGAAAAUUUUUAGUGCAGGGGUUAGUUUACCAAACGACCUACAAUGUAGGCCUUUCAUCAUUAUUCAGCGUGGCUGCUGGAUAUGGAUUCAUAAGUCUGUGCUGGUCGGAGAAAAAACCGUUCUAAUUCCAGUCGACCUUCCGUCAGGCCAUGGAGAGUUACCUACUGCUCAAUCAAACAAUAGCAAGCCCACCAACCGAUCAGACCAGCUGAAUUUCCACCAGAUGCCUGGUGACCCGCAACCCUCGGCGGAUUGCGAUCGGAGUUUUGUUGUGCGAGUACCCUAUGUUUGCGUUAAAAGAGCGAUAGCAGAAGCUGCAGCAGGGUUCUUAUGGUCAUUUGCUUGUACUAGUUGUAGUUCUUCACCUUCACCCUGAUAAGAACCUCUAGUAGAAUCGUUCCCUGAGACUUAGACAAAGAAGCGUUUCCUUUGAGACAAUGUGAAGAAGAUUGACGACCUAUAAGAGAAGUCAUUGUCUAUGUCUUCCUCCUCUAAUAGUUGCCUCCACCAUUGCCACACAAGCACAAGGUCAACAAGCACCUGGUACCUCUUCCAGCGCCGCAUUCAAAGCAGAAAUCCUUGAGUUACCCCAGACACAGACUGUUGCUUCGAUCUGUUUUUUUCGACGGAUGAUCAAUGAGAACUUUCAAAUCACCGACCUCCCUUUUUUCGGCGAUCCGGCGUCCGGCAACUCUCUUCCGACAAGCGGGACGGGACAUGACCAAUACAGCUAUAAUAGUGUUAUGAAAGAAGUUCAAGGAGCCAUCUCGAUCCCCGUAUUAUAGUAUACGUAGUUUCUGUUUCAUAUGUUGUAUGUUCAGGUCACUGAUUCUUGGUCUGAGGUAUUGCCAUUCAAGAACGUACAUUCUGUUCAAAUCAUCGAAAAGGAUCGAAAAGGAAAGUAGUAAGCAUAUGCAAAACUACCUGUACCCCCAUCUGACUCUAAUAAGAACCACAUCUCUAGUACGAGUUCUUCAAGUUCCCGUGCUGGUCGUCGAGAGCAGGUUCUUCGCUUCGCUCAGGGUGGACGAAAUCAAAUCCUAGUUGCAGGUUCCAACCCCUUCCUGGCGAAAUACGAUAACAUGUACUCAACUAAGCCGGCAGUAGCGGUGUCCGCUCUGGUCGAAUCAGCGGUCGACUUCUUCUUUUCGCGCUUUACUGGUGCAGCCGCUGCAGGAGGCACAGGCGCAGCUGCAUCUACGGGAACUAAAAAGGGGUACGAUCCUUUUGCCAUUCCGGUUGGGCAAAGACGACCUGCAGGUUUCGUCCAAGCUUACGAUAUUCAAGUCAUUGACGACGGUGGAAGCUCUACAGCUUCUUCGAAUACUAGUGCCGAUGCAAGCGGAGGUAGCGGCACGUCUAGUAGUUCCUCUUCGAAGAAAAUUUCUGUCGAGGAAUUUGGUCUUGCGGCAUCAAACACGCUAGAAGAUCCUGGACGAAGCGCUCUUUCUUGUGCGCUCUCACAUUAAGGCUUGAGGAAAAGCGUCUUUCCGCUCAUCUUUGUCCCGUUUCUAAAUGGAAACGGGUACGGAGAUGCUAACCGGGAACCUACUACCUAUGUAUAUUUCUGUAAGUCUGUUCUAAUCAAAAGACAGUCGAUAUGUAGUCGUCGCUGACUCACUUGGCCGUGUGGGUCUCUAUUGCUGUGAAACGCUUCGCUGCCUAAACCUCUGGAAAGGCUACCGCGAGGCUCAAGUAGCCUUUUUGCCCGUCAAUGUUAAGAGUCGGCUUAUCGAAGUUUGCCUUCCAUGCAUUUUGUACUUCUGGAAAAAACUCCAAGCGAAAAAUCAAUGAUUGACGAGCCUGAAGUUGAUCUAAGUAAGUUAUAAUUACAGUACCUGUGGAACAAGUACAAGUAGCAUAAACUACGAAACUACGAAGCUGACCUCAGCCUCACUCUUCUAAAAAUACAAACGACGACGGGGAGAACGAAUUGGUUGUCAUAUACGCGACACGACGAGGGCUUCUAGAGGUAUGGGAUACGAGGCAGAGGGUGCGAAAAAGCGCCUUCAACUUAGGAACGAAGUCUGAAACAACACUUUUAGGAAUGUCAGCGACUAGUUCUUGUACCACAGAGACUACCCCCAUCCUUUUGAUGCGACGGAAGAAAACGCAAGCCAGUUUUACCGAUGGCGUUUCUCCUGAAGCGGGUUUCUCUUUGUGUCUGAGUUUCAACGCUCUGGUUGAUGAAAAACAUGAAUAAAGGGUACUUCUCUCUCAUGAACAUUGUACUUCAAAUAUCAGUCUGACAACAACGUCAAUGUCAACAAGCUGCACGCACCACAUUUACUUGCUGUGUCGUGUCGACG